AGGGCUGCCCCCGAGAUGGUGUCGAUGCUGAAGCGCAACUCGUGUGGGAAGGCCCUGGCCAUCGCCCGGGAGGCGCGGGACAUGUUGGGGGGCAACGGGCUGUGUGAUGAGUACCACGUCAUCCGGCACCUCAUGAACCUGGAGGCCGUCAACACCUACGAAGGCACCCACGACAUCCACGCGCUGAUCCUGGGACGGGCCAUCACCGGCAUCCAGGCCUUCGCCCCCAGCAAGUCACCGGCCCCCCGGGGGUAACGGGGGGGAGAUGGCAUCUGGCACCGCGCUGGUGGCACGGGGCUGCGACGCUCUGCGGCAUGACCGGCCUCGUGCCACCAAAGCUCUGGCCGGGACGUCACCCGUGGGGUCACCAGACCCGUGUCACCACCGGAACCUGCUGUCACCACCAACUGGACCCGUGUCACCAAUGGAACCUGUUGUCACCAACCAGACCCGUGUCACCAACGGAACCUGCUGUCACCACCAACUGGACCUGUGUCACCGAUGGAACCUGCUGUCACCAACCAGACCCAUGUCACCAACAGAACCCAUUGUCACCGACAGAACCUGCUGUCACCACCCAGACCCGUGUCACCAAUGGAACCUGCUGUCACCAUCAACUGGACACAUGUCACUGAUGGAACCUGCUGUCGCCAUCAACCAGACACAUGUCACCAACGGAACCUGCUGUCACCAUCAACCGGACCCGUGUCACCAACCAGACCCAUUUCACCAACGGAACCUGCUGUCACCAACCAGACCCGUGCCACCGACGGGACUUGGUGUCACCGACAGCACAAGGUAUCGUCGAACAGACCCACUGUCACCGACGGGACUCGGUGUCACCAACAGGACAAGGUGUCACCGACAGGACAAGGUAUCAUCGAACAGACCCAGUGUCACCGACGGGACCCGGUGUCACCGACAGGACAAGGUAUCACCGAACAGACCCCCUGUCACCGACGGGACUCGGUGUCACCAACGGGACUCGGUGUCACCAACGGGACAAGGUAUCACCGAACAGACCCAGUGUCACCGACGGGACCCGGUGUCACCGACAGCACAAGGUAUCGUCGAACAGACCCACUGUCACCGACGGGACUCGGUGUCACCAACAGGACAAGGUGUCACCGACAGGACAAGGUAUCACCGAACAGACCCACUGUCACCGAUGGGACUCGGUGUCACCGACAGGACAAGGUGUCAUUGAACAGACCCGGUGUCACCGACAGGACAAGGUGUCACCGAACAGACCCACUGUCACCGAGGGGACUCGGUGUCACCAUUGGGACCGGCAGCCCCGGUUGUGCCGGGUUUUGCCGCGGGAGCCUCUUGGCCCUGACCUGCCCCCGGUGCCUUCGCCGCCCUCGCGGCCGCUUCACCUAUAAAAGGUGGAAAAGCCUC